AUGUCUCUGUCCAUUGAAGAGCUCGACGCUACAGUGCGCGCCUUCUACGAGGGCCGUGGCGAUACGCAAAAACAAGCCCAAGCCACUCUGAAUCAGUAUCGCGCUAAUCCAUGGGCAGAUCUCGGGCUCCAAGUUCUUGACAAUGUGAUCAUGACGAGAUGGAAAGUGCUGCCCCGCGAUCAGUGUCAAGGAAUCCGAAAUUUCAUCGUCAACUUUAUCAUUCAACUGUCCAAUAACGAAGACAGCCGCCGCACCGAGCGAACUCUCCUUAACAAACUAAACCUCGUCCUCGUGUCCGUUUUGAAGCAGGAAUGGCCUCACAACUGGCCCACGUUCAUCAACGAGAUCAUAUCGUCAUGCCACAGCAGCUUGGGCAUAUGCGAGAACAACAUGGUCAUUCUGCGAUUACUUUCCGAAGAAGUCUUUGACUACUCCGAGGAGCAGAUGACGUCGGCCAAGCGUAGAGAGCUCAAGCAGAGCAUGUGUGACGAGUUUACUGCCAUCUACCAGCUCUGUUCCGAGGUCUUGCGCACAGCCACCGAAGCCUCACUCAUCAAAGCCACACUCGAGACCCUCCUGCGCUUCCUCAACUGGAUUCCUCUGGGAUACAUCUUCGAGACGCCACCCAGCGGCCAGAGCCUCAUUGAGACGUUACGAAGCCGCUUCCUCGAAGUGCCCGACUUCCGGAACAUCACCCUCAAGUGCUUGACGGAGAUUGCCGGUCUGCAUACGGAGCCUGCGUACGACGAUAAGCUCGUCUCCAUGUUUACUGAAACACUGACGGCCAUUUCCAAGAUCAUUCCUCUCUCGCUAGACCUUAAGAGUACAUACUCAUCCAGCAAUGGCCGGGACCAGGAAUUCGUGCUGAACCUCGCACUCUUCUUGACCAACUUCUUCACCAUGCACCUGAACGUCAUUGAAAAUCUCAUGAACCGGGACUUCCUCACUCAUGGGCAUUUUUAUCUUAUCCGUAUAAGUCAGAUUGACGACCGCGAGGUCUUCAAGAUCUGCCUCGAGUAUUGGACCAAGCUGGUAUCAGAGCUGUACGAUGAGAUGCAGGCUCUCCCGAUUACUGACAUGAAUCCGCUCCUUAACAUGGGAAUUCCAGGAAACGGAGCUCGCGAGCUGGCCAAUUACCCUCUGAGGAAGAACAAGUACACCGAGAUUCUAUCCAACCUCCGUACAGUCAUGAUUGAGAAGAUGGUCCGUCCUGAGGAAGUCCUUAUCGUCGAGAAUGAUGAGGGCGAGAUUGUCCGCGAAUUUGUAAAAGAGAGUGAUACGAUUCAGCUGUACAAGUCUACUCGAGAGUGCCUCGUCUUCCUUACCCACUUGGAUGUUAACGACACCGAACAAAUCAUGUCGGAGAAACUGGCUCGCCAAGUUGACGGUUCAGAAUGGUCAUGGGCCAACUGCAAUACUCUCUGCUGGGCUAUCGGAUCCAUCUCGGGCGCCAUGAACGAAGAGACAGAGAAGCGCUUCUUGGUCACUGUGAUCAAGGAUCUGCUUGGCCUGACCGAGAUGAAGCGAGGCAAAGACAACAAAGCUGUUGUCGCUAGUAACAUCAUGUACAUUGUCGGCCAAUAUCCUCGCUUUCUCAAGGCUCAUUGGAAGUUCCUUAAGACAGUCGUCAAUAAGCUGUUUGAGUUCAUGCACGAAACCCACGAGGGAGUUCAGGACAUGGCUUGCGAUACCUUCAUCAAAAUUGCCAACAAGUGCCGCCGGCAUUUCGUUGCUCUGCAGCCCGGAGAGACCGAACCCUUCAUUGACGAAAUCGUUCGCAAUCUCCGGAAAAUCACUGCGGAUCUUUCACCGCAGCAAGUGCACACCUUCUAUGAGGCCUGCGGUUACAUGAUUAGUGCCCAAGGACAGAAGAGUAUGCAAGAGCGCUUGAUCGCCGACUUGAUGGCUCUGCCAAACUCGGCCUGGGACAACAUCAUUGCUCAAGCCAACCAAAACCCCGCUUGUCUCCAGGAUUCGGACGUCAUCAAGAUUGUCGGCAACAUCAUGAAGACUAACGUUGCAGCGUGCGGUUCAAUCGGUUCCUACUUUUACCCUCAGAUCGGACGGAUAUACUUCGACAUGCUGACAAUGUACCGUGCGAGCUCACAACUUAUUGAUGAAGCAGUCCAGCGGGAGGGCAACAUCGCGACAAAGAUGCCCAAGGUCCGCGGCCUUCGCACGAUCAAGAAGGAGAUCUUGAAGCUCAUCAACACUUACGUCGAGAAAGCCGACGACUUGGAGAUGAUCCACAACAACAUCGUACCGAAAUUGUUGGAGGCUGUCUUGAUCGAUUACAAGAACAACGUCCCGGAUGCUCGUGAAGCAGAAGUAUUGAAUGUUAUGACAACUAUCAUCAACAAACUACAUAGUAUGAUGGAGGACCAAAUCAUCAACAUCAUGGACAGCGUAUUUGAGUGCACGUUGGACAUGAUCAACAAAGAUUUCUCGGAGUACCCCGAACAUCGUGUGGAGUUUUUCAAGCUUCUCCGCACUAUCAACCUUCGCUGCUUCCCAGCUCUGCUACGGCUCGAUGCACGAUCAUUUAAAUUCGUCAUUGACUCGUGCAUGUGGGCAAGCAAGCACGACAACCGCGAGGUCGAGAGCGCUGGUCUCUCCAUGUGCUUUGAGCUUGUCUCUAACAUGGCUGAAACUGACCAGCAGACCUGCAACGCCUUCUUCCAGACCUUCUUCACCACGAUCCUCCAGGAUGUCUUCUUCGUGGUCACCGACAGUGAUCACAAGGCUGGAUUCAAGUCGCAGUCGAUGCUGCUGGCCAAGAUGUUUUGGCUUGUCGACUCCGACAAGUUACAAGGCCCAAUUUACACAUCGCCUGACAUGGCAGCCCCAGGCACACCAAACCGAGAGUUUCUCCGUAACUUUGUCGGCAACCUCUUGGCCACUGCCUUCCCCAACUUGCAGACUGCUCAAAUUGCAUCGUUCAUCGACGGACUAUUUGCCACCAACUCUGAUCUUAACAGGUUCAAGGUCAUUCUGCGUGACUUCUUGAUCUCUCUGAAGGAGUUCUCUGGUGACAACGCCGAGCUCUACGCCGAAGAGCGUGAGCAAGCAGCGAAGACGGCCAAGGAGCAAGAGCGAGAGCGAGCCAUGAAGGUCGGCGGUCUGCUGAAGCCGUCUGAGAUGGAUGAUGAUGAAUUGUGACUUGAAGUUGAGCUGGACGCAAAUGUGGCUACCCGCACGCCCUACGACGCUCAAGCUGCUGUUCACGAGUCUGCAAGCAGUCAGUGCGCGGGCGACCUCGAUGGGUGGGACAUGUAUGGCUUGUGAGGGCUAGCAGAUGUAGUAGAAGAAAGGGCGAUGGCAAGACUGUGAUGGAUUGGGAGUAUGCAAUUCGACGCUUUGCCAAAUUUCUUUUUAGCAAGGAGAUGGAACCGGUUCGUUUUGGUCUAAUACCCUAUAGACCUUUCAGUUCUUGAUUCGAUGCAUGGUUAUAUAGCUGGCUUGGAGGUAGCUUGGCUUGGCUUACAUAUAAAAAGGGAAGGGAAGCUUGCAGGCAUACGGGCAGCCUCGUCUCGAAGGGACAGAACAAAUAUAGGACGCGAUUGCCUCGAAGCAUCAUUAUCC